AUGGGCUACUUGAUGGAACGUGAGAUAGGGCAGGGCACCGAAGAUGCCGAGGAUGAUAUAGGAUCAGCGUUAGAGACAGUCAUAAAACAUGUCGGAGAAAUUGGUCUAUAUCAAAGAUUGCUCUUUGUUAUUAUGAUGCCUUUUGGUCUGGUCUGGUCCUUCUCGUACUUCGGGCAGAUGUUUAUAACGGCAACUCCUCAGGAGCAUUGGUGUCGUGUGCCAGAACUGGAUGGACUUAGUGUGUAUUUGAGGAGGUCUCUGUCUAUACCCAAACUAUCGGACACGGAAUACGAUCACUGUUUUAUGUUCGAUGCUAAUUGGACGCAAGUCUUGGAAACGAUGUUAGCUCCAGAUGCAGAAACUCCAACCAUUCCUUGUACGAAUGGUUGGGAGUUCCUGUUCGAUGACAUACCAUAUUCAACUAUUGUUAACGAGCGUGAAUGGGUUUGCGACAAAUCGAGCCUAGUGCCUUGGUCACAGACAAUUUCCUUUUUUGGAUCCGUCGUCGGUGGGAUUUUAUGCGGAACCUUGGCUGAUAAAUAUGGACGUCUACCUGUGCUUAUAUUGGCAAAUUUCUUAGCGUUUACUGGAAAUGUUGCGACUGUAUUUACUCAUGAUUUCUGGGACUUUGCAAUCUGUAGAUUUAUUGUUGGCAUGUCGUGCGACAGCUGCUUUUUAAUGAUAUACAUUCUCGUAUUGGAAUACGUGGGGACAAAGUAUCGUUCUAUAGUGGCCAACGCGUCGAUUGCGAUGUACUUUGGGGGCGGGUGCUUGUUGCUGCCCUGGUUAUCAUUAUGGAUAUCUGAUUGGAAGUUCCUGUCGGUUGCGAUGUCUGUACCAUCGGUGUUUGUGUUGGCUACACCAUUUGUAGUACCUGAAAGUACUAGGUGGUUGAUAAGCAAAGGUAAAACAGAUGAAGCAGUAAAGGUUUUAAGGAAAUUUGAAAGAAUCAACAAAUCAAAGAUACCAGACGACGUGUUAGAAAAUUUUAAUAUGGUAGCGAACAAAACUAAAGAAAAGUCUCAAAGUGUUUUGAUGAUAUUCAAAACGCCUUCACUUCGAGGGAUGGUGGUAGCGCUGAUCGUCGCGUUCAUGGGCGUGGCGCUGAUGUUCGACAACGUCAUCAGGUUGUCUGAGAACCUCGGUCUCGACUUCUUCCUCACGUUCACCGUGACGUCGGCUACGGAGAUACCGUCUAUAAUCAUUCUGGUGCUGUUACUGGACAGGAUGGGCCGCCGAUUUUUCGUCACGGCUCCAAUGAUGAUAGGUGGAGUGUUAUGUUUGGCAGCCGCUUUCGUUCCUCGAGGCGCGGCGUCGGUGGCGCUGGCGGUGAGCGCGCGCUUCUUCAACAACAUGUCGUAUGGCACGGUCAUCCAGUGGACGCCGGAGCUGCUGCCCACGCCCGUGCGCGCCUCGGGCGCCUCCUUCGUGCACAUCAGCGCCUUCGCCGCCGUCAUGAUUUCUCCCUUCAUUAUUUACUCUGAUCGCGUGUGGGAGGGUCUAUCGCUGAUCAUAGUAGGGGUGAUCGGUAUCGUAGCUUCCUGUGUGGCGCUGCUGGUGCCCGAGACGAAGGGCCGUCGCAUGCCGCAGACCUUGGACGACUGGGAGACCCUCGCCUCUAAUACCUGCUUCUCUAAGAAACGGGAUGCAGGCGACAAAACACGCUGUAGAUGAUAUUGGGUUAAAAUAAAGCAUU